CACAUCGAGAUGGGGCGGCUGCUGGGCCCCGCCCCCGACCCACUGGUGCUCUACGUCAGCGGCGGCAACACCCAGGUGAUCGCGUACUCCCGGCACCGGUACCGGAUCCUGGGCGAGACCCUGGACGUGGCCGUGGGGAACUGCAUUGACCGCCUGGCCCGGCUGCUGCAGAUCCCAAACGCCCCCAGCCCCGGCUACAACGUGGAGCAGCUGGCCAAGAGGGGCCACCGGCUGAUCCCGCUGCCCUACGUGGUCAAGGGUCUCGACGUCUCCUUCUCGGGGCUCCUGUCCCACCUCCAGGCUGUGACCCCCAAACUGCUGGGGUCAGGGGAGGCGACGCCGGAGGAUUUGUGCUUCUCCCUGCAGGUGGAGGGGCUGAAAGACGGGGUUUUGGGGGGGAUUUGGGGGCCGCGCUGA